UUUUUCCCCAUUAGUGCAGGUGCUCUUUCCCACAGGAUUUUUGGGGCAGAGCCAUUCCAGCCCUGAUGCUGAGUUCUUUACCCAAAUGGUGCUUGUGGGUUGCAGCUCUUUGUAGGCUUUGCUCCGUCACAAGGUGUGCUGAGUCGUGACAGGAACAGGCUUUUUAAAGCUGUUUGCUUUGAGCUCUCUUGGCACAUUCAGGCGAGGCUUUUUCUCUGCUUUUUUUUUUAAAAAAAAAAAAAGUAUUUAAAGUGCUGGGACAAUUUUUGCCGCUGUGCUUUAAUAGGAUUUGCAGCUGUGAAUGUGCUUUAAAAGGAUUUACAGCUGGGUUGAAGUGUCCCCUCGCUUAAAAUAACGUCACAGCUUCGUGAUUCAGGAGAAUGUGCCUCCCACUAGUUGCUUUGGGAGUGCUGGGGAGCACAAGGGGAAUAGGAACAACUCUGAAACUUUUAUUUGUGGCUAAAUAAGAAGCAUAACCCCGUGGCUGGGGACUGGAGCUGUCAGUGAGUGUGUUUGGAGCUUGGGUUUUGCCCUGCUGGUGACUCGCUUCCUGCUCUCCCGUGCAGUUUCAGCCUGGCAGGGCUUUUCCUCCAUCAGUAAAAGGGCAAUAGAGACCCCUCUGGGUGAUUUUUAGACUGCCAAGCGAUCGAUUUGGGGACCUUUAUGUGUUACAGAGUGCCAGGGCAGACGGAAGUGCAGGAUGUGGUGUCACUGGGACCCGGUGAGAGCUGUGGGUUGCGUGUUUCUCAAACUGAAAAGCAGUUGGUGGCCGGGGGAACCAACGGAAGAAAUGUCUUAUCUCAAAAACCUGCACGGCAGAUCCCACCCCCCUCCCCUGGCACGGGGCCAGGGGCUCGGAGCUGGGCCACCACCUCAUCCAGGACGUACAGGAAUUAAAGUGGGGGGGCUCCACAAGGAGUUUUAAAUCCUGCAGGUGGGAUUUGCAGGGAGGAGGUGGAUGAGAGCCACCUCAGCACGUGCAGUGUGCUUUGCCAGGCAGGUGCCCGCGCUCUGGAGUCAGGAGGCUUUGCCAAAAUACUGGAAAACUGCAGGUGGUGAGGGUGGAGGGGUGCAAAAUUUGUGUCCUGGAGGUGCUGUCUGUGCUGGGGGAAAGCUGUGUACCUGUGUACCUUCCUCUGACAGAGAUGGUGCCAUGGAGUAAAUGCUGAGCUCAUCCACUCUUGGCUCUCCGGGGGCAAACAGCAACUGCUUACACGGGUUUUGCGCUCAGAGUCCACAUGAAUCCUGUCUCCAUUCCAAGAAAAAGAGGUUUAAAUCUCAUUCACUGCACUGGAACUGGAUGUGUGUGAGGAGGCUUGGCGGAGUCCUGGCUCCAGCUGCCGGUGUUCCUGCUGAGGCAGCUAUGGAGCCUGUCUGCUCCAGGGAUUUACUCCAGUCCGGCUUCCCAAACCGGAGGGAGAAUUCCCCUGACAUCAGUGACCUACUGAGGCAACUUCCAAGCAUGGAAUGGAGCUGGUGAGGAGGGAAGACCCCCAGCUCCGGGAGGUCGUGUGGUUCGCCGGGCGCUGCCGAGCCCUGACACUGCUACUGCAGGCUGUCUUUAACCUGCUGAUCCCGGAUCACGCCGCAGACGCCUUCUCUCCCCCUCGGCUGUCGGAGCCCAGCCCGUGGGAUGUGCUGGUGGAGUGGCUGCUGGGCGGGCUGUCCCACUGGGACGCAGAGCACUUCUUGUUCAUCGCGGAGCACGGAUACCUGUACGAGCACAACUGCGCCUUCCUCCCGCUGUACCCCCUGAGCCUGUGGGCCGUGGCCAUGGGGGUCCUGUGGCCCCUGCAGCGCCUGCUGCGGCUGCGGAGCCGCCUCCUGCUCUCGGCUGUGCUGCUGAAUUCCCUGUUUUCCGCCCUGGCAGCCGCUGCCCUGUACGAGCUGGGCCGCCUCGUGCUGCGGCGGCGCCGCGUGGCUUUCCUCGCUGCCCUUCUCUUCUCCCUCAGCCCUGCCAACGUGUUCAUGGCAGCUGCUUACUCGGAGAGCAUGUUUGCCUUCCUGGCAUUCGCUGCCAUGUGGCAGCUGGAGAAGGGGCAGAGCUGGCUCAGUGGGCUGCUCUUCUCCCUGGCUUCUGGGGCGCGCGCCAACGGGCUGAUUAACGCUGGCUUCUUCCUCUACUCCCAGGGUAAGCGCUUUGCCCUCCAGCUGCAGGUGGGACCAGGAUCCCUAAGGAAGCUCCCUCUGCUGUGGAAGCAGCUCCUUAGCCUGGCAUCUUCAGCGGUCCUGAUGAGUGCUGGCAUUUUUCUGCCUUUUGCUGUGUUUCAGUACUUUGCCUACGUGAGGUUCUGUGCUCCUGGCGCCGGCCUGGAUCGGACCAUUCCCGAGCCACUGCUGCAGCUGGCUCGGGACAAGGGCUAUCGUCCAGCAGCCAUGGAUGGGGAUAAACCCCCUUGGUGCUCCCAGAGGGUCCCUGUGGUCUAUUCCUACAUCCAAGACACUUACUGGAAUGUGGGCUUUCUAAGGUACUUUGAGCUCAGACAGAUCCCAAAUUUCUUGCUGGCUUUGCCUGUGACCCUUCUGGUCUCGUGGGCUGCCUGGACCUACGUCAGCACAAACCCCUGGCACUGCCUGACUCUUGGUCUGGAGAGAAGUAAGAGCGAAGAGGAGGAAAAGCCAAGAGAUGGAUUUUGCUGCCCUGCUGCCUUCGUGUACGUGGUCCAUGCCACGGCCCUGCUGACCUUUGGAUUCUCCUGCAUGCACGUGCAGGUGCUGACCCGGUUCCUUGGCUCCUCCUCUCCCAUCCUGUACUGGUUCUCAGCUCACCUGCUUCAGGAACACGAACCUUUACUCUGGAGUGCAGGGACUGAUAAUCCACCCCCUGGGAGGUCUGUCCUAGGCAAAUCUCCCAGUUCCUGUGGGAAAGGGACUCCUGACAACCCCGUUGUGAGGCUGCUGCUGAACUGGCGAUUAAUUACCCCCCUCAGCAAGGGCAUCCUGGGAUUCUUCCUGUGCUACUGGCUGCUGGGACUGCUCCUGCACUGCAACUUCCUCCCGUGGACGUAGCAGGAUGUGCUGGCCCAGACUGGGAGCGGUCAGAAUCGAAACUCACUUUUUCUGGAAGCCUGAGGUAGCUGUGAUGCUGCUGCUGUUGCAGUUACAAAGGUGUUACUCCUCCGUUACUACGUGUGUACGGAGCUGCUGUGUCCCUUUCCGGGGUGUGAUGGUGCAGUGUCCUGCUCUGCUGUCAUUACCGACGGCCAGAAUUCCCAUUCCCUGGGACGGGAAUGCACCUCGCUUCCUGCAUCUCCUGCAGGAGAUUUAUGGCAGGGAAUGAUUUAUGGCAGGACCCGCGUGAUGGAUUUGGGAACCCUCUGGGGCGUUGUUGGUGGGCACAGCUGGAGGACAGGGAGGAUCCAGCUGCUGUGAGCAGCUCAGACUGCGCUGGUUCCUUCUCCACGCUCCGAGCCGGG